AGGGAUGAGCCACGAUGACGACCAUGCUACCUGUACAGGCCACUCCCACAUCAUGUCUGGCGAAUGGGUGAAGGGCCGUAACCCCAGCGACCUAUCAUGGUCCCCCUGCAGCCGUGACGACCUGGAGAAGUUCCUCAGGUCCAAAGCCAGCAGCUGUCUGCUCCACACAGACCCCAGAAGCCGCUACCAGGUCCGCCUGCCACCCAAGCUGCCAGGCAUGCACUACAGUGCAGACGAACAGUGUCAGAUCCUCUUUGGAACCAACGCCACCUUCUGCAAUGAUAUGGAGUCCACCAUUCAAAACAAGGCAGACUAUAACUUCAGAGCUUCUGACCACUGUUUCCACUCAAUACCGGCCCAGCCAGAGCCUGAUGCCAGAGAUUCCAGGGACACAGGGUUUACUCUCAUGGUCUGA